CAGGUGCGUGCUAUCGUACGAUAGCUAACUUGUUCGGCAUAGCCAAGUCUACAGUCUGCUGCAUUGUACACGAGUUCUGCGAAGCAGUUCGCCGUGUCCUCAUGCCCCAUUACAUAAAACUGCCCAAAGGGGAUGACCUGCAAGAGGUCAUUGAAGGCUUCCAGCAGAGAUGGGGUUUCCCGCAGUGUGGAGGAGCUAUUGAUGGGAGUCAUAUCCCCAUCAUUGCUGCAGAGGAUAACCACGCAGAGUAUUUCAACCGCAAAGGGUGGCACUCAGUUCUGCUCCAGGGUGUCGUGGAUCAUCGGUUUUGCUUCGCCAACAUCUAUGCUGGAUGGCCAGGGAGUGUUCAUGAUGCGAGGGUACUCCGGAAUUCCCAUGUGUACUCACUCGCAGAGAGAGGGGAGCUUUUUCCACCAGACACUGAGGAGAUAAUGGGCGUUCAAGUGCCAAUCAUGCUGCUCGGUGACCCGGCUUAUCCCCUUCGAAGCUGGCUGUUAAAAGGAUACUGUGACACAGAGACCCUGACAGCUGAGCAGAAGUACUUCAAUGGGCGCCACAGCAGAGCCACGAUGACUGUGGAGUGCGCUUUCGGCCGACUAGAGGGCCGGUGGAGGUGCCUUGCUAAACGGCUGGAUGUGGACAUUUCCCUCGUCCCCACCAUAAUCAGUGCAUGUUGCACACUCCACAACAUGUGUGAAAUGCACGGGGAGAAUUAUGAAGAGGCUGGUGGAACUGUUCCUCAUGUUGAGAGAUGGGCUGAAGGAGGGGGAUUUGUAGAUGUGCAGCCAUCAAGAGUCAGAGAAGUACUGACUCAGCUUUUUCUUAGCCAACGUUGAGCCACAAACUGGGCUGUCACAAUCAUUACAAUAUCGUUCAACAUUUUGUACUUUUUGACCUCAAUGUUUAUCUGUACAUAUAUUUGUUAGUUAGUUUCUGUGUCAUUAC